AGAAAAGGUAAUUAGUAAGACUCUCUAUCCAUUAUUUGUGAAGGGCAAAUAGGAAUCUUUCUACACUAAAAGGAAAGAACCUUGAAAAGAAUAGAAAAAAAAAAAAAGAAGAAGAAAAGACAGUGUUAAUAUAAAAAGGGCACUAUUGUAAAUGCAGACACUAUGGCAUCCAUAGUAGUUGUUAAUAGAAGCAGGGGUAAUUGCAUAACCUAACUUCUAUAAAUACUCACUAAUCGUUUUCUCAAUGCAUUCCUUCUGUUCCACUUUCUCUCUCUUUUCUCCUGUUUCAAACUUUUCUCUCCCUCUCUCUCUUCUAUAAUAUAAUCAUCGCAGGUUUCUCGCCUGUGCAAAUCUGAUUGUUUUUUUUUUUUUUUAAUUUCUGUUUAAUUUUUUGGGAUUUUUUAAUCUAAAGUUUUUACCUUUUUACUUUCUUUUUUCUUACAGUACCGACAUUUUUGCCUUUUGUUUUAUUUUAAUUUAUUUUUCUUACAAGAUUGUCAUUUCAUAAUUAUUUUUGUAUUUUUUAUUUAUUUUUAUUUUUAAAUUUGGGAUUAGAUUUUAGGGGUUGGUUUGUGGCGGACGUGGCAUGCAUCGAUGCGUAAAAAAUGAAUACCAAAACCAUGCGUCUUCCUCCUCGUCGUGUGUUAACGUCAAAUAAGCGCAAAGAUAGAGAGGGCUUUGAUACUCUAAAGCCGUCCCCACCACAACCACCUGCUCCUCCAACAAAGUUACCCAAGCCGACGGUUUUACCUCAAUUAAGCGGCUCGGCUAAACUAUCUGAGCCGGCUCCUGUAUGCGUCUCCGUCUCUGUUUUGUCUAAUCAGCUGUUAGCAGGAUAUUUAGCUCACGAAUUCCUCACUAAAGGCACACUCUUUGGUCAGCGGUGGGACCCAGCUAGAGCCGAAGCAAGCGGCGGUGGCGGCGGCUCCGGCUCGGAGUCGAAUGUUAGCAAUAAUAAUCACAGGACAAAGGCGAGCCAGAAAGGGAAAGAAGCCGAGCCGAGUAAAGAAAGGGAAAAUUACCAAAGAUACGUGGAGGUAUCAGGUUUGUUGAAAGGAGACGGGGCCCACUUACCUGGCAUUUUCAACCCAAGCCAGCUCGCUCAUUUCUUACAGAUGUGAAUGCUCUCUAGAGGGGGUUUUCUCGACACGUGCAGUGAUCCGAUUGGCCUCCCUUUCUUUCUCUCAACGAACCAAUUUUAUUUUAUUUUUAAUGUUAGGGAUUUUAUGUUGUUUCAGAGAGAUGGAUGCAUGUAGAUGUGAUCUUUGCUGCAUAAAUAACAUUUUAAUGUAAAGUUAUAUUUUGAA